GCGGCGCUGCCCAGGGCGCACUUGAUCCCGGUCCGGCUGCCUGGAAGGGCGGGUCUGGGGAGAACCCCCGAGCGCCGCGGCGUCCUCCAACCCUCUUCUUCGCGGCCGCCAGAGUCACCACCCGAGCCCGAGCCUGAGCCGGCGCCACCUCGCGCGCCCCCGGCCAUGGCUUUCGCCAAUUUCCGCCGCAUCCUGCGCCUGUCCACCUUCGAGAAGAGAAAGUCCCGCGAAUAUGAGCACGUCCGCCGGGACCUGGACCCCAACGAGGUGUGGGAGAUCGUGGGAGAGCUGGGCGACGGCGCCUUCGGCAAGGUUUACAAGGCCAAGAAUAAGGAGACGGGCGCCCUGGCCGCGGCCAAGGUCAUUGAGACCAAGAGCGAGGAAGAGCUGGAGGACUACAUCGUGGAGAUUGAGAUCCUGGCCACGUGUGACCACCCCUACAUUGUGAAGCUCCUGGGAGCCUAUUACUACGAUGGGAAGCUGUGGAUCAUGAUCGAGUUCUGCCCGGGUGGAGCCGUGGAUGCCAUCAUGCUGGAGCUGGACAGAGGCCUGACCGAGCCCCAGAUUCGCGUUGUGUGCCGCCAGAUGCUGGAGGCCCUCCACUUCCUGCACAGCAAGAGGAUCAUCCACCGCGACCUGAAAGCCGGCAACGUGCUCAUGACCCUGGAGGGAGACAUCAGGCUGGCUGACUUUGGGGUGUCUGCCAAGAAUCUGAAGACUCUGCAGAAGCGAGAUUCCUUCAUCGGAACGCCUUACUGGAUGGCCCCCGAAGUGGUGCUGUGCGAGACCAUGAAGGACACCCCGUACGAUUACAAAGCUGACAUCUGGUCCCUUGGCAUCACGCUGAUCGAGAUGGCCCAGAUCGAGCCCCCACACCAUGAGCUCAACCCCAUGCGGGUCCUACUCAAGAUCGCCAAGUCGGACCCUCCCACGCUGCUCACGCCCUCCAAGUGGUCUGUGGAGUUCCGAGACUUCCUGAAGGUAGCAUUGGACAAGAACCCGGAGACCCGGCCCAGUGCAGCCCAGCUGCUGGAGCACCCGUUUGUCAGCAGCGUCACCAGUAACAAGGCUCUACGGGAGCUGGUGGCUGAAGCCAAGGCCGAGGUGAUGGAGGAGAUCGAAGACGGGCGCGACGAGGGCGACGAGGAGGGUGCCGUGGACAGCGCUUCUACGCUGGGGAACCACACUCAGGACUCUGCUGGGCUGACUCAGCUGAGCCUCAAUGCCGACAAGCUCCUCCCGGCAUCGUCCUCCGCCCCGCGGCCACCUGGCCAGCCUCAGGACAGUGUGAACGGACCCUGCAACCAGCCCUCUGGGGACAAGGCCCUCCAAGUCAUCGGCCCCCCAGAGGGGUCCCCUGCCGGCGACAAGGGCCUCGCGGCACCCGUGUCCCUGCGGAAGUCCCGGCCGGUGUCCAUGGAUGCGAGAAUUCAGGUGGCGGAAGAGAAGCGAGUCACCGAUCAGGGUGGGGACCUCGGCCUGGCGGCCAGCAGGUCCCAGAAGGCUGGCCAGAGCCGGCCCAACAGCAGCGCCCUGGAGACCUUGGGCGGCGAGAAGCUGGCCAACGGCAGCCUGGAGCCCCCAGCCCAGGCGGUUUCUUCCAGGCGGGAUUCGGACAGUGGCAGCCUGUCCACCUGCGACAGCAUGGACUACGGCACCUCCCUGUCAGCGGACCUGGCCCUGAACAAGGAGACGGGCUCCCUGUCCAUCAAGGACUCAAAGCUGCACAACAAAACCCUGAAGCGGACGCGCAAGUUUGUGGUGGAUGGCGUGGAGGUGAGCAUCACCACCUCCAAGAUCAUCAGUGAAGAUGAGAAGAAGGACGAGGAGAUGAGAUUUCUCAGGCGCCAGGAGCUCCGAGAGCUGCGGCUGCUCCAGAAGGAAGAACACAGGAACCAGAGCCUGCUGAGCAGCAAACACGAGCUGCAGCUGGAGCAGAUGCACAAACGCUUCGAGCAGGAGAUCAGCGCCAAGAAGAAGUUCUUCGACACGGAGCUGGAGAACCUGGAGCGCCAGCAGAAGCAGCAGGUGGAGAAGAUGGAGCAGGACCACGCCGUGCGCCGCCGGGAGGAAGCCAAGCGUAUCCGCCUCGAGCAGGACCGGGACUACGCCAGGUUCCAGGAGCAGCUCAAAGUGAUGAAGAAGGAGGUGAAGAACGAGGUGGAGAAGCUGCCCCGGCAGCAGCGGAAGGAGAGCCUGAAGCAGAAGAUGGAGGAGCACGCGCAGAAGAAGCAGCUCCUCGACCGGGACUUUGUAGCUAAGCAGAAGGCAGACCUGGAGCUGGCCAUGAAGAAGCUGACCUCCGACAACCGCCGGGAGAUCUGCGACAAGGAGCGCGAGUGCCUGGGCAGGAAGCAGGAGCUCCUUCGAGAGCGGGAGGCGGCCCUGUGGGAGAUGGAGGAGCACCAACUGCAGGAGAGGCACCAGCUGGCCAAGCAGCAGCUGAAGGACCAGUACUUCCUGCAGCGGCACGAGCUGCUGCGCAAGCACGAGAAGGAGCGGGAGCAGAUGCAGCGCUACAACCAGCGCAUGGUGGAGCAGCUGAAGCUGCGGCAGCAGCAGGAGAAGGCGCGGCUGCCCAAGAUCCAGCGCAGCGAGGGCAAGACGCGCAUGGCUAUGUACAAGAAGAGCCUGCACAUCAACGGCGGGGGCAGCGCCGCCGAGCAGCGCGAGAAGAUCAAGCAGUUCUCCCAGCAGGAGGAGAAGCGGCAGAAGUCGGAGCGGCUCCAGCAGCAGCAGAAGCACGAGAACCAGAUGCGAGACAUGAUGGCGCAGUGUGAGAGCAACAUGAGCGAGCUGCAGCAGCUGCAGAAUGAAAAGUGCCACCUCUUGGUAGAGCACGAAACACAGAAGCUGAAGGCCUUGGACGAGAGCCAUAACCAGAACCUGAAGGAGUGGCGGGACAGGCUUCGGCCACGCAAAAAGGCUCUGGAAGAGGAUCUGAACCAGAAAAAGCGAGAGCAGGAGAUGUUCUUCAAACUGAACGAGGAGGCCGAGUGCCUGAACCCCACCACGCCAAGCAAGACCACCAAGUUCUUCCCCUCCAGCUCUGCGGAGGCAUCUUAAGCACCUCCCCGGCCCGGGCUGUGGCCCUCGGGAUGCUACCCUGCUCUGUGAACCAGGAACUCAGGUCCCCCUUCCUGCUUGCUUCUGUGCCAGCUGCAAACCAGCCCCCGGCCAGCCGUGCCCCACAGACCUGUCUGGGGUCCUCACUUCUCGAGCACCCAUGGAAUGCGAGGUGUUACAGCAUUGGCUGCUCCUCCUGUGCAUUCUCACCGAGCCCCAGAUCCCAUGGACUGUGGGUGGGGUCAGCCCGCAGGAGUGGCUGUGCUGUGUCCUGGAGGGCCCCCUGCUGGCUGCCCGCGAAGCCACGGUGGUGUGAUUCUUGCUGGCUUUUCACAGCCAUUCUCGCCCAGCAGGCUCAGACAAGAAUCCAGACAUCUAAGAGCCAUCGUGGUUUCCCAGGGGGAGCCUGACCUGCAGCCAGCUGUUCAGGGGGUGCCCUCAUUCCUCCAGCUACCCCAAUGUGCUUUCUGCUCCCGACAAUGUGUGUCUGCCUGCGGGGAGGAGAUGGAGGAGGAGGGAGGCCUAAAAUGCUCAUCGUGCUGGUCUUGGGUGCUUCGUGCCAUCUCAUGUCUGCCGUUGCUGUACAUGCCUGUGCACACAGGCAUAUACACCAUGCCACGCACGCGGGGCCUGGCCUUGUGGCCGCCACCCUGGCCUCUUGUGCCCAGGUGGGCUGGAGCACAUUUGCUGGUGGAGCCCGUGCCUCUGAGCAUGUGUAGUGAAGCAGCUGGUGGGGAACAUGCUGGGUGCUGGCACCCAAGGCCCAGAGAAGGCACAGGCUGUCCUGCCAGUCCCGUGUGCACAGAUAGAUUCCUUGCCGCACAGCUUUCCUGCCUCUGGCUGCUCCUGCCUGCUGCUUGCCAGCCCGCCCACCAGUGAUGUGGGAUGGCCAUUUCCCUCUUCCCAGGAACCCUAUCUUGUAUUUCCGACUGAGGCUGGCAGUCCCCUGGACUUCUCUCCAGGACCAAAAGGCAAUUGGGAGACAGGGAAUGGCUGCUGCCCCCAGGAAUGUGGCAGAAGUGAAGGUGCUCAGAUGGACUCCUGGGCCUUCAGUGUUUCUGUGGGCACCCUACAGAUGCUAACAGCCUGCAGAGUGUGUCACUCAGUAAAGAGCCAGUGCUUGGGCCAGUGUGUCGUGCAUGUACAAAGCAACCCUUUUUCACCUUCUGUCCCGUUGAAACCCAUGUGGGUGUCUCCCGGGGGGACCACACAUGCUUUAAAAAGCCCAGAAGUGAUGAGUUUGAGGAAUCAUCUCAGGGGCAUGCGCAGCCUGGGUGCUGUUUUGCUGGGGACAGAGGAGGUACCCUGCGAGGUCUUUUUCCUCCUUCCCUCCUCCAGGUUUAAGGCUGGGUGCUUUGUCUUUCUCGUGGCGGUUUUCUGGACGUGCUCUUGGCAGUGGUUAUAACUGGAUGCUUGGGAAGGGAGGAGAGGGACAGCCAUCCAAUAGGAAAAGGGACCUAAAUGUGCAGUGGAGAUGCGCAGGGCUGGGGUGGCGAUGGUUCUCUUUAGAUUUCUGAGGGCUCAGUCACCUCCUUCGGUGUUUGGCCCAGGUGGGACGCUGUUCAGGUCUCACUCGGAUGAGACAAGUUCAGUCACCUCCUUUUACUCUCUUGCUACGCAGGGAAGCGUGAAGCAGCUACAGUGUAAGCACAGAGCAGAGACCCAUUCCACCAGCGGGCAGAGGGUCAGGCGGGCUGUGGGGGGGCUUUGUUUACGAUAUUUCCUUGUGCAGCUCGGCUGCGAGGCCAGGUUCCUGGUUCAGGUGGAAGGCGCAUCGGCCCUUGGUUUGGCCUGUCAUUCACACUGCCCCUGCCCUCCCUGGAGAUCUCUGAGCUGUCUGAGCCCCGCUGGCUGUCUGGAGCAGGGUCUGGCCAGGUCUCAGCCUCACCACUGUGCCUGUCGCUGUGAAGGCCCGUGCGGUGCUCCUUGUGUCCUGUCCUGUGUAAUGUUUUCUGUGUGCGGGACGGAUGGAGCUGUCGGUCCUUCCCAGUGCAUUUUUAAAGCAGAGUAAAUAGAACUAACUUAUAUUUUCCCUUUAUGAAGGAUAGAUGUUAUUUUUAUGUAGUUUCCAGACUUUGUAUACAGGACUUUUGUAAGAUGUUCUCUGCGAAGUUAACUGCAAGAAUGGAAAUAGGCUUGAAAUAAAAUAACAAAGUGGUUUGCAGUUGGGAGUGUUCCUUUGGAUGGGGGUGGGCAGGCGGACACAAUGACCCACAUUUGCCUGGCAGGAACAUGUUCACUGUCAGAGUGCAGGCCAGGCGCCUCCCAGGUCACAGCAGCGCCUUGGGCUUUGGAGUUCUGUUCUGAACAAAGUGUGCUUGGCUGAGUGUGCAAGUGUGUACAUGUGCUCUGCACACAUGAACGUCACUCCUUCCACCCUGAGUUUUUACAGGUGAGCAUACUGAAUCCUUUGGCUAUGGUUUGGGUAUUGACUGUCCCCCUUGGCCCAUCUGCAAAAAAAAAAAGGCCCAAAGUCUUUGUAUGUUAAUGGUACUGGAAACUCAGUCCAGUUUCAGUGUCCGAAGCUGGGCCGUUGGGAAGUGAUGGGAUUAGAUUAGGUUACUGGGUCGGAGCCCCGUGCUCACAGUGCAGUGGAUUUAUAAGGAGAGACAGAUGGACAUACACGCUCCCUGUCUCUUGCUAUGUGAUGCCUUGUGCCACCUUGGGACUCUGCCAGCAAGAACACCAUCACCAGAUGUUCAGCCAGUGUGGCCUCCCAACCGUGGGCUGUGACGCUUCAAAACCACGAGCACAAACAAACCUCUUUCCUCCCAAGCGCUUGUCUCAAGUACUUUGCUGUGGCCAUGGAGAGCUGCUGGCCCACAUUUCAUCCUGCGAAGGGGCAUCAUGUGCUCCUCGCACAGGUGAGGAAAUGGAGCCGGGGCGUGGGAAGGGUCACACGGACUCUCCACCAUACUCAUUAGUGGUGCCUUCGGAACUCAAACGAAGACCUGCCAGCAGUGUCCACCACAUGGACCCCUAACCAUCAGCUGUCUCUGCCUUAAUUUUUUUAAGUUUUAUUUAUUUGAAAAGCAGAGAGUUAUAUAUAGAGGGAAAG